CCCCGCCCCCGCCACCCGCGCCCUCCACCUCACCUCUACAAGAAGCCGCCCGGCGCCGUGGGACUGCAUCGCUCUUCUCUUCUCUCUCGUGUUUGGGGAUCUCCCGCGGCAUCGACGGUUGGACGGAUAGAUAAGGGGGAAGACGCGUAUGGACAUGGAGACGGCCGCGGCGGCCGGUGGAGCAGGGCUGACUGCGUGGCAGGCGGCGGCGCUGUCGGGCGCGGCGGGCUGGGUGUGGGCUGCCUCCUACUUCGACCUCACGCGCCGGACGCGCGCGCUGGCGCAGCCCUGGGUCACCCGCCGCGUCCACGCCGAGACGCCCUCCAUCCUCAGGUUCCAGAGGAUGCAGCACAAGUUGCUAGACAAUUUCUUCUCUGUGCUGUCAUGCGUUGUCUCUGUCCCUUUCUACACAGGAUUCCUGCCCCUCCUUUUCUGGAGUGGACACGGCAAGUUGGCUAGGCAGAUGACUCUUCUCAUGGCGUUCUCUGAUUACCUUGGCAACGUUGUGAAGGAUGUAGUGUCAGCUCCUCGCCCAUGCUCUCCUCCCGUGAGAAGAGUGACAGCCACCCAAGACGAGAAGGAACACGCCAUGGAAUAUGGACUGCCUUCGUCGCACGCUCUCAUGACCGUUUGUUUGAUGGGAUAUAUGCUGCAUUAUGUCCUCACAUAUGGAGCGUGUGACGGUUUUAUGAUUGCCAUUGGUCUCUCGUUAGCUCUAUUGCAAGUCAUUUUAAUCAGCAUUGGUGAGUUUUUACUUCCUUUGUGCCACAUCCUCUUAGAGUUACUGAAAGAUACUUAUGAUAUGGCUUACUUGAAAUUGCUAGCAAGGGUGUACUUGGGCAUGCACAGCUUGACAGAUGUUAUCGCUGGGAUCUGUCUUGGCAUUCUGAUCCUUGCAUUCUGGUUGGUUGUCGAUGACCAUGUUGAUGCCUUCGUUGUCUCUGGGCAGAACGUUACAUUCUUCUGGGCAAGCCUUUCUUUAUUGCUCUGCUUUGCAUAUCCGGUGCCAGAAUUCCCAACUCCUAGCUUUGAAUUCCACACCGCGUUCACCGGGGUUGCAUUCGGCAUUGUCUAUGGCGUCCAACAAACCUACCUCCGUUUCCACGGCCCCGAUGCCCCCCUCAUCUUGAGCGAGCAACUUCCCCUACUCGCAUACGUCGGGAGGGUUCUUGUCGGGAUCACAACCAUCCUCAUCGUGAAAUCCUGCAGCAAGGCGCUCUCGAAAUGGCUCCUGCCAGUCAUGUGCAGCACCCUGGGCAUUCCGAUCGUCUCAUCCUGCUACGUCCCGACGCUGAAGGCACCCGACAGCAGCUCGGGCAAGUCUGACCCCAAGCAGGCCGGUUACCUCCAGAAGGUCUUCUUGCUCUUCCCGCGGAAGGCGUACGACGUGGACACGGGCAUAAGGUUCGUGCAGUACGCCGGCCUUGCGUGGUCGGUGGUUGACUUGGUACCGGUGAUAUUCACCUACUUGAAUUUGUAGCCGGAUUAACAUUCGAGGUUAGGAUUUGAUUUAUUGCCUCGGAGGCGUCCAACCGGUGAUUCCUCUUACUUGUAAGGCGUCCUGUGAGGCUGUAAAUCCAUUGACCUCACCCUCAGUUUUGUGUUGUAUGUGUGGCUAGCACGUCCUCCAUCCAGGGUGGUGUUUCUGUACAGAGUUCUCAAAGUAGCAACGAGGAAAGUAUUGACAGCUAAUGACCUUAUUUUUUGUUUGAUGGCAACAGUGACGGCCAUGUGCACCACUGGUGCUUUAAACUGAAUGUUGAGGCCUUUAACUGCAAAGGAAUGAUAUUUCUUUCUCGCCUCUUUA